CGGUGGCGCAUGCGCGGUGGCGCUUUGUGCCAUAUUGGAAUGAGGUCGUGAACGACUAGGGCGGAAAAGAUACGGCACCUAAAACCGACUCGGAAAAACUCCUCGCAGACGCCGUGAGCUCAGGUUACAAGAUGAGUCUAGAGGCUCUGGACUCAGAUGCGGACUCUGGCCAGGAUGGGUCCGAGUUUAACUGGGAUGACUACCUGGAAGAGACCGGUGCCCUGUCUGUGCCUCACCACGCCUUCAAACACAUGGACCAGGGUCUGCAGACUGGCCUGGCGCCAGGCAUGCGGUUGGAGGUGCGGGUGCGUGGCGCAGACCUCGACAGCACCGCCUACUGGGUGGCCACCAUCAUCACCACCUGUGGCCAACUUCUGCUUCUGCGCUACGAGGGUUACCAGGACGACCGCCGUGCCGACUUCUGGUGUGACAUCACCACCGCCGACCUGCACCCUGUUGGCUGGAGCAGACAGCACGGUCGACCAAUGAGGCCCCCCGACGGUGUGCGGGAGAAACACUCUGACUGGGAGGCCCUGCUGGACAGAGCGCUAUCAGAAUCCUGCAGCGCACCAGCCAGCCUGCUGGAGGGGGCCCAGCGUGGCUGUAACCCUGUAGACCUGUUAAAUCCAGGCCUUCGUGUUGAACUGCUGGACCGUCAGGAUGUGGGCGUAGUCUGGCCCGCUGACAUCCAGGAUAAUGUGGGCGGCAGGCUCCGCCUCCGCUACGUGGGCACGGAGGGUCUAGCUGACGCCCACUCCAUCACCUGGCUGUUCUACCUGAGCCCCCUGCUCCACCUGCCUGGCUGGGCCCAACAGCACGGCUACACCCUCAGACCUCCAGCAGCUCUGCGUGUGUUGUGUAGUGAGCAGCACUGGGAGGAGGUGAUAGGCUCCAUCACCUCACAGCCGCGUGACUGCAGCCUCAGCGAGGAGUUUUACAAGGACCGGCCAGCCAUUCCUCCUCAUAGCUUCACUGAGGGCAUGAAGCUAGAAGCAGUGGACCCGACUGCACCGUUCACCAUCAGCCCUGCCUCCAUCACCAAGGUGUUUGGUGAUCAGUUCUUCCUGGUGCGGCUGGACGACAUGCGUGAGGAGGACCAGCGAGAUUCCAGCAGCCCAGCGUUCCUGAGUCACAGGAACAGUCCCGGGAUCUUCCCUGCUCAGUGGAGCCUUAAGAAUAGAGUAAAACUCAGACCGCCUCCAGGGUACCAGGGCCAGGACUUUGACUGGGCGGACUAUCUGAAGCAGUGUGGUGCAGAAGCAGCCCCUCAGCUCUGCUUCCCUGAGGACCCACCUGACCAGUGCUUCAAAGAGUCCAUGAUGCUGGAGGCGGUUAAUCCUCUCUGUCCUGAAAACAUUCACGUGGCUACAGUCACCAAGGUCAAAGGUCAACAUAUCUGGAUUCGACUGGAAGGAGUGAAUCUUCCAGUUCCAGACAUCAUUGUUCAUGUAGACUCCAUGGACAUCUUCCCUGUUAGUUGGUGUGAAACAAAUGGUUACCCUCUCCAGUAUCCCUGCAAGCCCAAAGUUGAGAAGCAGAGGAAAAUUGCUGUGGUUCAGCCUGAAAGGCACAGAGUCCCAUCUAAAGACCCGUCCCCUGAUGCCCUCAGACUGCCUCUCAACUGCCAGACUGAGACGAGUCAGGCCAAUGGGAGAUACAACUGCCCAAAGAUAUACUUCAACCACCGCUGUUUCUCCGGCCCGUACCUGAACAAGGGUCGCAUCGCCGAGCUGCCGCAGUGUGUGGGACCCGGGAAUUGUGUCCUCGUGCUGAAGGAGGUGCUGACGCUGCUCAUAAACUCUGCAUACAAGCCCAGCCGUGUGCUGCGUGAGCUACAGCUGGACCAGGAAGACUGCUGGCAGGGACACAGGGAGACGCUCAAGGCCAAGUACAAAGGGAAGAGCUACAGGGCCACGGUGGAGAUCGUCCGCACAGCUGACCGCGUGGCCGACUUCUGCAGGAAGACCUGCAUUAAGCUGGAAUGUUGUCCAAACCUGUUUGGCCCACGCAUGGUCCUGGAGCACUGCUCUGAGAACUGCUCCGUCCUCACCAAGACCAAGUACACGUACUACUACGGUAAGAAGAAGAGCCGGCGCGUGGGCCGCCCCCCCGGGGGUCACUCCAACCUGGAGGGAGGCGUGAAGAGGCGGGGCAGGAGGAGGAAGAGGAGGAAACAGCUCUUCGUCCACAAGAAGAGGCGGUCCUCCGCGUCGGUGGACAACACCCCGGCAGGCUCUCCUCAGGGAAGUGGCGAUGAGGAAGACCUUGAUGAAGACGACUCUCUGAGCGAGGACACUGGCUCCGAGCUCCAGGACGAGUUAAUGGAUGACUCGGAAUAUUCUGAGAAGAAGUCGCAACCGCCGACUCCCUCUCCGUCUCCCCCGGAAACGCCCCGGGCCACACGGCGCCGCCGCAAGGCUCGCUCACCCUCAUACUCCGACGACGAGAACAGACCCCCCUCACCCAAGAGUCCGUUCAGCGAGGUUCCUCAGAAGCUGUGCUUGGACAGCAGUCCACUGGAGUGGAGUGUUCUGGACGUGGUCCGGUUCAUCAGGACCACCGACUGUGCUCCACUGGCCCGGAUAUUCAUGGACCAGGAGAUCGACGGCCAGGCCCUGCUGCUGCUCAAUCUGCCCACUGUGCAGGAGUGCAUGGACCUGAAGCUGGGACCCGCCAUAAAGCUCUGCCACCACAUCGAGAGGGUCAAACUGGCCUUUUACCAGCAGUUUGCAAGCUGAGAGUGGUAUUGCCUGUGUGUGUGUGUGUGUGUGUGUGUGUGUGUGUGUGUGUGUGUGUGUGUGUGUGUGUGUGUGUGUGUGUGUGUGUGUGUGUGUGUGUGCACGCUCUUCUGCAGGUUGUCAUAGUGACGAACCAAACGCAUAAAAGCUUUUUUCUCCUUCCUGUUUUUUGCUAGUUAAUGUGAUAUAAAAAUAUGCUACAAAAGUAGAAUGCUGCAUGUCCUUAGCAGGGCAAGUCCUGGCGUUCUUCUGGCAUUCUGUUCAGACGGAACAGCGUCCUGCACCAGACACGAGUCCCUUGGCAAGUCUGCCAGUUCAGCGUUAGAAUGAAUUUCAGUUAUAAAACAUUUUCCAUCUGUUUUCCAUCUGUUUUGAACCUUUAAUAAUCGCUGAGCGGAUGACAAUGCAGCCAUUUUAAGCACAAAGACCAAUUGCCCAUGUACUGUAAGUGGUAUGCAAAAGUGUACAUAGUAGAGUUUGCCUGUACAUACUGUAAAUAUCAGAUGAAUCUGUUUAGUGGGACGGUAGGUCCCGGUUCCUACCAGAUUUUCUACAAAGCUGAGGUUUACACUGUACGUAAACAGGAGCAUUAUUUUUCAGCCAUGUUUUGCCUGGCAUUCGGUAUUGCAGUGGGAUUUUGUAUAGAUGCCAAUAGCACUGUUUCUUCUGUUUGACAGUUACAUGUUCAAACAGGGAUGUGUUGCUAAAUAAAAAUCAGAUGUAAUAUAGUGGAUUAAUAUGUUACUGUGAUUGUUGUGGUUAGGAUUCAAGCACACAGAGAUUUCAGGUAAUUAAAUUGUAGCUAUGAAAGCGUUUGAUGGUUCAGAUUCCAGGGUCAGUUCAACGUUUCGAUCGGUUUAAACUUGGGACUCUAAAGACCGGCGUGUCGGUGGACUGUAAUCAGAGGGCUUUCGAGAGGAACACAGCUAAGCUUACUUUGAUUCCAUUCCCCUGGUUCCUUCUGGAAGCAAUUCUAAAAUGGUGAAAGUAACUUUGUCUUUUUGUUCAUUUUUGUUCAUUCCUGUUUUGUUUUUGUUGUCUUUGACAGAUUGGUUUGCGUCCGAAUUAGUUUUACCUUUAAAUGUAUAUGUUUGUGAAAUGUUAUUUAAAAGAACGUGAACUAAACUGGAUCAAAUGUAUCUCUUUCACAAGGGAUGUUGUAAAUAAAAUUAAACAACUUCUUGAAUCA